GUUGACACUUCGCCACAGAUGUACAGUUCAAUUUAUAUUGUACUACUAUUCUACACAUAAAGUCCCUAGUGAUAAACUUGUUAACAAAAACCGAGCUCCCGCGUCUAUCAUUCGCUUCACCGUAACCAGAAACACGUCGGAAAAAGUGUCUUUUAAGGGAAAAACCGAAUUCGAAAAUGGAAUCACAUGAGAAGAGAGCGGAGGCCACGGGCGAAACCCGCGGUCCUGAUGUGGUCUCCCUGGAACUGCAGACACCUAAUGGUAACGGCUCCCUAAAGCCAAGAGUGCUGAAGGACCUAGACGACCUGUUCCCUUACAUCGGCGGCUUCGGCUGGUACCAACGGAUCCUGUUCCUCUUGAUGAUACCCUACGCCUUCUUCUUCGCGUUCGUAUACUUCUCUCAGAUAUUCAUGACCGUCGUGCCUUCAGAGCAUUGGUGUUAUGUGCCUGAGCUUGGAAAUCUAACUGUUGAGGAAAGACGUCAUCUUUCAAUCCCGCAAAAUGAAAUGGCCAUGUACGAUAAAUGCCUUGUUUAUGAUGUUGAUUGGAGCAGUAUCCUGCAGACUGGGAGUUUGACACCAGACUCAAAAUGGCCGAUAAAGAAAUGCAGCGGUAGUUGGGAGUUCAACUUUACAGACGUGCCUUAUGAAACUAUAGCUACAAAGUUAGGAUGGGUGUGUGAUAAAGAUAACUAUCCUGCAACAGCACAAGCGAUUUUCUUCUGUGGAUCCAUUGUCGGAGGGCUAAUUUUUGGGUGGAUAGCCGAUAAAUAUGGACGAGUUCCUGCUAUUGUAGGUACAAACAUGGCAGGUUUCCUGGCUGGUGUUGGGACAGCCUUCACCAAUAGCUUCUGGUCCUUCUGCCUUUGUAGAUUCCUCGUCGGUCUCGCCUAUGACAACUGCUUCAUCAUCAUGUACAUUGUUGUGAUAGAGUACGUGGGUCCGAAAUGGCGUACAUUCGUCGCGAACGUGUCAAUAGCUGUGUACUUCACGUUAGCGGCUUGCCUCCUGCCCUGGAUCGCGCUGGGGGUAGCCAAUUGGAAGAUAUACACGCUUGUGACCAGCGUGCCGCUUGUACUGGCUGUGUUUACACCCUGCUUGGUACCUGAGAGUGCUAGGUGGCUAAUUGCACAGGGACGCCUUGAUGAUGCUUUUAAAAUUUUAAAGAAAUGCCAACGAUUAAAUGGAACAAAAAUACCAGAAGAAAUUGUAAAAGAAUUUAAGGAAACAGCCACAGAAAUAGCCAAAGCCGAAGCGGAGAUAAAGAACUACUCAGUACUGGAUCUCUUCAAGACGCCACGCCUGCGUCGCCACAGCAUCUUGCUCGUGGUCAUCUGGAUGUCCAUCGCCAUGGUCUUCGACGGCCACGUGAGGAACGUCGGCUCUUUGGGCCUGGACAUGUUCGUGACCUUCACCGUCGCAACCGCUACAGAGUUCCCGGCUGAUAUUUUGUUAACUUUGAUUUUAGAUGUCCUAGGUCGUCGAUGGCUUGCAUUUGGCUCCAUGGUUAUCAGUGGAGUUUUUAGCUUCUUAGCUACGACUGUUGCACUUGGCAUCCCAUCAGCAUCUCUCGCGAUCGUGGGUCGCUUCGCCGUCAACAUCUCCUACAACAUCGGCAUGCAGUACGCAGCUGAGCUGCUGCCUACCGUAGUGAGGGCGCAGGGGCUUGCGCUCAUCCACAUUAGCGGAUACGUGGCCACCAUCCUCGUCCCUUAUAUUGUGUACUUGGCAACAAUCUCCCCUGAAAUCCCACUUCUGAUACUGGGCGCUAUCGGCAUAUUUGGCGGCUGUCUAUGCCUCUUUCUGCCCGAGUCUAUGGGCAAGAACAUGCCACAGACAAUACAAGACGGUGAAGAGUACGGCUCUGAACAGAAGUUUUGGGAGGCGCCUUGUUUUAAGAGAAAACUCCCUGAGCCGGUGGAACAAAUACGUUAUUAAAAAUCGUAUUUUUAUUAAGUUACCAAAAAUAUUUUGCGACAAUAAUAUAUAUAGCCACGCUGACAUUAACUUAUAAGUAAACAAACUAUAUUACCUUUAAUUUCAUAACAUGCCUGUAUCCUCGAAUACAUUUUAUAAAUAAACUGAGUUGAGAACGAA